CUAAAUUAUGACGGUGUACUGGUAUAAACAUCGUUCGUCAUUUAUUGAUGUUUUUUUGUUCGACGCACAUUUUCUCACCAAGCUAUCAUCUUGUUUAUGAUGGUCAGUGAAGUUAUGCACACACAACAUUAGUGCUAUCAAAGAGGAAUUUCAAUGAGAACGACGUGGACAACCUUGAGCAACAGGUGUUUUACCAAACUAUUUCCUAGAGUGACAGAAACAGACGUCUCACACAGUCCCGGGGAAGUGUCACCUAACUAGCUAGUGUUACUCGUCAUCCGCAGCUCACCUUCACUCCCUCGAGUCAGUUCAAAGGAAAUGGACAAAGCAGAUUGAGGGGAUGUCUGAGUUGCCCUAUAGUGAACGACUGGCCGCUCUGGACUUGUAUUCUGUUCAGUAUAUAUAGUGUGUUGGAGUUUCUGCUUCUGGUUCAUCAUGGCAGUGAUGCUUGAUGCAGCAGCCAUUGAGGUACCUGAUGGCACACCCAGGGAUGUAAUGAAAGCACAGAUUAAGCUCAGGUGUGAAGGUACAUCAAUUUUGCUGGAGCUGGAUGACUGUGAGGCUAUGAGUGUGGUGUUCCUGGCACUGCAAGGAAAUUUGCUCGCUCGUCAUGGCUACAGGCUUUCCCAGUAUCUCUGUCGUGGCCAGGCAAAGGAGACUUUUGAGCAGUUGGUGGAGUUGGCAGAGGAGGGAGGAGGUGGAGGUGUGUUGGUGGAGGCACUGUAUAUCAUUGGCCGCUAUGAUUUACUGGAAGAUCAGCUUGGAUUGCCAGUCAACUUUACUCUUCAUCAGUUCUUCAAGAGAGAAAUUGGAGGAGUAGAGCCUGAUAGAAAGGCUAUGUACUGUGUUUGUGCUGGUAUGGCCCAGGAACAAACUGAUCAUCUUUUAGCCACUCGACUAGAAGACUGGUGCUGUUCAGGUCCUGGUCGACCCCUUGAAGAGACCUUUGUGAGGAACCUCACUGGAAUUAAUUACCAUGUGCUCCUCAAUCAGCUGUAUCAAGCUCUCUUAGCAGAGCAGCGAAACUCCCUGGCUUCCUGCCUACAGCCCUUUAUUAUGCGUCCUCCCAGUCCCCCCCGUACUUCAAGAUCAUUCUCUGAGGAUUUGUCACCUUAUGAACGUGAUGUAUACCCACUGCCCACUGGUUACCCACAUGGCCUCUGUGUUAUCAUUAACAUCAAGACCUUCAUGAAACCCAGGGGAGUGGAAGAUAAUUUUCCUCUUGUGGAGCGUCAUGGCUCACAGAUUGACAAAGAGCGGCUCACAGGAACCUUCAAACUCUUUGGAUUUCAUGUCAUGCAUUUUGACAAUCCAGACUAUCAACAGCUGCAACAGUUUUUCCGGCGCUUGCGCAUGGAUCCCCGCCUGGCAGUGGUGGCUUGUCUGGCAGUGUGUGUCAUGACUCAUGGUGAUGAGAAUGAUAAUAUUUACCUGCAUGAUCGCACCUGCAUUUCCACUACUGACCUGAGGAAGCUGUGCUUCAGUCAGGCACUGCUCAACAAGCCACGCCUGUACUUUAUCCAGGCAUGCCGUGGGAAUGAGGGACUCCGGCCAAUCUUACUACAGCAAGAUAACACCAUAGUCACGCAUUCUGAGAGUGACUGCCUCAUCUCUGCUGCCACAGUGCAAGGGUAUACUGCUGUCAGGAGUCAGACUGAAGGUUCAUGGUACAUCACAGACCUGUGCCAGGCUCUGCAGGAGUAUGGUCAUAUUAUGCCCAUCAAGAAUGUGCUGCAGAAAACUCGUCAGAACCUAAAGUCUCGUAUGGGAAGCAUGAAUAACACCUAUGUAACUCAGUUGUCUGAGGAGAAAGUCACCCUUAUAAGAGAUGUGCAGCUGGUCAGAGCUGAAGAGGAACACUUCUUGGAAGGAAUAACAAUCCUAACACAACUUGAAGUAAUGGAAAAACUUUUAGAAGAGGCUUUGGAGGAGAUUAUUGAGAGUGAUGAUAAUCUGGAGAGUUUAAUCAGCAGCCUCAUCAACAUAAGAUUUUCUUGAGGUGAUGUCUUGCAGUGUUUUUUUAUAUGAUAGAAAUUUAGUUGAAAUUAUCAAAACUUUUAACAUGCCAUAGAUUGCUAAACAUUUUGAGGUAUUGAUGAAGGCUUUGCUCUAUGCACCACAGAUUGUGUUGGACAGAACUUGAAUCUUUAUUAGUUUGAAGGUUAAGUUAUAUUGUAGCCAGUGAUGUGAGAAUAUAUUUUGGAAGAAGUUUUGCCAUCUGUAAUAAGGAUUUUGUGCUUAAUAGAUAUCUAUCUCCAUAUAUAAUAAUGACUUGUAUCUGGUGAUUGAUUGAUGCCAGUGAGAACUUGUUAAUUUCAGAUACUUCAACGCAUUCUUAUAAUGGUACUAUUAUAAGUGGCACCAAAGUUUUCAAGGGAUCAAGCCUUUAUUCACAUUUUCUUUGUCUAAAAGUAUAACUCUUGAUAAAUAUUAAGAAAAUGCAUCCAGCUCUAUUACUAAUGUUUUUGGCUCUUACCACUAGCAAACUUGGGGAUCUUGUGGGAAAGCGGGGUUUUUAGAUGGGGGGAAAACUAGAAUAUGGUCAAAUACCAUAGCAGCAGCAGCAGUACCUCCCACUUAUUUUUUGUAGUAGGAGGUGACAUUUGACUAUUUUAGCUCUCCUUACCCAAAACCUCACUUUCUCACCAGGUCCCCAAGUUUGCUAGGGAUAAGAGCUGAAAAUAUUAAUAGAGCUGCAUGCUUCUCUAUUAUUAUUCAGCUAGUAAAAUUGUGUAAUUCUCAAUUUAGAAUUAAUAGUGCAAUUUUUUUACAUUUUUUUAGAUGAAGUAACAGAAAAUAAUAAUUUAUCAUAGAUUUUUAUAAGGAUAUGAGUGCAUAGAUCUGUGUAUAGGUAUAAGCAAAUUGCACCAAGUACAAGAUGUGUGUAUUUUGUCUCAGUGUAUAUGUCCUUGAGACAGCUCUGCCCUACUCUUCCCACUUUGUAGUGGAACCUUUCCUUCCAUUUUUCUUUAGUAUAAAGGAGAGGAUGACCCCUAAGUCCAACACAGGAAGCCCAGCUGAACUGAUGGCAAGAAUUUCCUUCCUCACAGUCAAUAUUAUGGAGAAAGAUGUAGCCUGAAGUGCUUGACUCUUUCACUGGAACACAAAAAAAAGCUACAUGUGGCUAUCAUUAUGAAGGUGAAUGAAACUUGCUAGAAACAGAACACAGGAAGACCCAAUCUUGCCAAGUCUGUCUGUAAUACACAAAUAGGUAAAUACACACACACACACACACACAUAUAUAUAUAUAUAUAUAUAUAUAUAUAUAUAUAUAUAUAUAUAUAUAUAUAUAUAUAUAUAUAUAUAUAUAUAUAUAUAUAAAAACUGCAGGUGUAGUCUAUUACAAUAUCAUGCCCACACAGGCUGCAGAGAGGGGGCAUGGGGGAUGGGGGAUGAAAUACUUAUGUCUCAAUCCCCCUCCCUUCAGUCCAUAAAGCACACAUGAAUAUGAGGACAAACAACCAUCUCCUGCAGUGCCUUUUACCAUCAGCACCAAAGUCACUUUGUCAGACCAAAAACCUUUGUCUGCAGCAACGAGAUUCUUGGCUACACUAGAACGGGAUCUCGAUCCUACAUGGCCUGCAAUCUCUACUGAGACGCAGACCAGGAAUGCUUGUUUGGCAUGAGUUCAUUGCUCACCAUGCAAGAUUUCUUCAUGGCUUUAACUCGUCCCCACAUUGAUCCUUUACACCAGCCAAUUUUAUAUGAUUUGACAUGAAAACACUUUCUUAUAUCUCUAGCAACAGCCAAGAGAAUUGGUGAUUUUCAUGCCUAGUCAAGGGUCACAGCCAUGCAGGGAGAGGAUGCUAUUUGGUCUUACCUUCCUGAGUGCAAAGAUAGAAACAGCCCUUAACCUUUUUUCUUAGGGAAUUUUGGCUGCACAGUCUUUCCUUGUUUGUGGGACUGGAAAGCAAAGAAUGUCUGCCUUAUCCCUUAAGGACAUUUAACAAAUAUUGUCAGAUGAUCUCUGCAUUGCUCUGCUCCAGGAAUCUUUUUGGGUUGAUAUGGGAUCACCAGUGAGCAAUGUCUAAAGCAGCAAUCUCCUUCUUUCUUUGGGAUGCUGUUAAGAUGACACAGGUCUUUUCCUGAAGCCUUUUGCCUAUUGUUUAAAGUCUGGGCCUAUGACAUUUGGGGCCUUGCCACAUCUUUGCUUUUCUGAAAGAACAGGUCUGUCCAUUCUAUAUAGAAGCAUCGUGUUGGAAGAACCGUUCUGUGUUUUGGAUUAUUACAUGGGAUAUUAGACGAAAGAGGGAGAUGUCAUCACAUUGAGGCCAGUGAUUACUGCUGGGGACUUGGUGGCUUAUCUCCCUCUGCAAUAUAUCCAUCUUUCUGGGCAGCAGUUGCCUUAAAUCUCAGGGUCUACUUGGUUGGUGUUAUGGACUGUGGCUUAGCACUCUACCAAAGGAUGCUACCCUUUUACAAUGGUACAAUGAAGGGCUGUUCUUGGAGCACUUCCUUGUACCUUUCUUGCUUCCCUUUCACCUACCAUACCUUAAGUUAGAGCCGAGUAGUGACCAAAGGACAGUAGUGCCUCAGAUUACCAUUGGUUCCUCUCAAUCAUCAUGGAAGAAGAUGGCAGUUCAUCCCUUCUGCCAUGCUGCAGCCUCCUUGUAUUCUCUUACAUCUCAGGAUUACCACUAGGUGAGACUUUAUAGAAUUAUAAUUUGGAUCAUUCACCCUUCUCGUAUUCCAUUCCUAUGGCAUAAUCCACCUCCUAUGAUGUGGGAAUCUGCUAAUAUAAGAAGCAGGUUGCAUGUGAAACAAAUACCAUUUACAGAAAUAUAAUUAUUUUUCAUUUUCCUACUUCUUUUAUAUUUAUCCUUUAGAAUUAUUUUUCACUUACCUGCUUCUUUUACAUUUACCUUCUCAUCUCAUCAUUUUUUUAGAGAAAAUGAAAAUAAAACACUAAAAGAAAUUUUGAAACUUAAUUUUGACAAAUGGCUGCAGUAGCUGAGCUUAAGGCACUGGUUAUAAUUUAAAUGGUUAACACAAGGAUACAAGUUCACAAUGUUUUUCAAAAAAUUUAAUUAGAGGAAAUAAACUGAUUGAAUGAGA